AUGGGAGCUCAUCCUACUGUGUGCCGCCUCAUGCGAGGGGUAUUCAACGUGAAGCCACCCGCAAAGCCCCUUGCGCCCGUCUGGGACGUUGAGCAGCUCCUGAGCUACAUGGACGCGUGGGGAGCGUCCGAUUCUUUGCCCUUGCUUCACGCCGCCUACCGCUCGCUGCUCCUCCUAUUACUCACAUCUGCCGCCCGCAUAAGCGAGAUUGCCGACCUCGUAUAUCCACCGUCGUCUCGACAACCUCACGAAUGGGAUCUCCGGUGCCCCUUGACGGCCUUGACGAGAUACGUGGCACUCACGGCGCCCCACCGCCACCCGCCGGGUCCUUUAUUCCUCACAACCCGCAGGCCUUUCCGCCCUGCUUCGAAAGACACCUUAGCGCGAUGGGUCAAGUCCGUUCUCAGCGACGCCGGCAUAAACGCCCGGGUUCAUACCGCACACUCCACUCGUGCCGCCUCUACCACCGCCGUCCACCUCCGCGGGGUUCAGGUCCCAGACAUCAUGCAGACCGCACAAUGGACUAAGGCAUCAACCUUCUACAAUCACUACUACCGGCCUUCCCCGCCCUCUGCCAUGUCCUCCGCCGUACUCGGUUCGCAACGUUAA